GCUCAUUUCCCGAAAAACGGCUGGUAAUCGAAGGAUAAGAAAUGAACAAAGCUAGAUUUUUUUGAUCAUUUAAUCUUUUGUUUCACCACGCUGUCGUUACGAACGCCGUCUUGGUUUGUCCAAAGUCCCUCGUAGAACAUAAUAAUCUCACUUCAAUCAGAAACGGUUUUAAAUUUGAAAUUGUUUGAUGGCAUGCUCGGGAUUUGAGUCACAAAUUUUCACUUGUGGACAAGGGUAUUCACACCAAAACGUAGUGAUAAGAUUGGAGGACGUAUUUCUCCGGAAAAAAAACCUCGACAAUCGAUGGAAACAAAUUUCUGGAUCCACAAUUGCUUGAAAAAAAAAAAACCAGCAGAGAACGGUUAUCCGUCGACAUGAAUUUGAUUGCAUCGAAAAGAGGAUUUGGUGGCUAAGCAUAAUGCGUUUACAUGAUGGUGCUAUUUCGCGACAUAGUGGAUCGCCACGGAAAUUUGAUGAUCGUCUGGUGAAGAAAGGCAUUAAAAUCGGUUUGCUGGGUUGGAAAAAGGGAACUGUUGAUAACGGAAAAGAGUAAUUGAUACGAGUCGGUGUAAAUCAGAGAAGGUGUCAUUAAAAUUGUUGACCAUUUGAGCAGAAAGUGAGUUGAAAAAAUAUGUAUUGAGGGAAAAUAAGACAAUUUAAACUAGUCGUUUAUAGGUCAUGAUUGCUUAGCGAUGAAUGAGUCGCAUUAAAGUUCUCAUAACUUAUAAAAAUAUUACACUUGAAUCGAGUGUUCUAUCAAUUAAUUAUUAAUCAUUUGAUUUGCAUUUUCUCAUUUCCUUGAUUUUUAUUUUUAAUAGUGGCUGGUAGUAUAAGCUUCACAGGGGACAUACCAGACCGUACAAUAAAAAGGCCAGACUAGGUGACGAUGUCGCUCUGGGCUGGGGCUUCUCAUACAACGAUUUGGGAGGCAAUCCAGGUGGCCCAUUUGGUGCUCCAGACGUGUCCGAAAUCAGUUUUGGUAUUUAUAAAUCCAUACAUAGCGAAACUUUCUUGAGCGAGAAACUUGUUGUUGUCAAUAGUGGUGGAAAUUUUAGUGUGCAAGAUGGAUUUGAUAGAAAAAUGGAUUGAGCCACUCAAAAUACAAAUUAACAUUCAUUCUGAAAAACAUUGCUAUCCAAGAUCAGGGAAUGUACGGAGUGAAUGUUGAGCUUGGCUUGAGUCAGCUGCCGCUCAAAGAUUCUGUGAUUGUUAUCAUACCAGGACUCUCGUACGUGGUUCAAAAUGGCAGCUCGAUUGUCCGUAAAGGUAAGGCAAAUUAAUCCAGUGAUAUCCUUAACCCUAUUUUGUUUAUAACUAGUGGUGAAAUGUAGACUUCAAAAUUCUAAUAUUCUACCUUUUUUUUUAGAGUCAGCCUACAUGAUGGAACCUUUUGAACUAUCGUUUACAAGAUCAGACCACGACCGAACUGCUGACCGUUUCAAGUACACACUCAAAAAAGAUACCACAACCAUUUUCAUUAUUGGAAAGAACAGAGAGGAUAACACAUUCAGUUGCUCUCAUUAUGUUUCUCAAAAACCUACACCCUGUUCUGAUGAUUCCUUCUCAGUGAACGAAACUUACGUUUCUUUCAAACUAAGAAAUGUUACCUCUCAAGAUGCUGGUCGAUACCUCUGUAUAAAGUAUUCAUCUGGGCUCUACAAUACAACAUUCGAGGAAAUCGAUCUUAAUGUACUAGGUAACGUAUGCAAGUAUGUUUUAAUGAUUUACUGACACUAGGGCCAGGCUAGUUUUAACCAGAAUUGAAUUUAAGAAAGACCAUUCAUUUUCUUUUAUACUGCAGUUUGAUAUUUGAUUAUUACUUGCUCAACUUAAUCCGGGAUAUUUUUAGCUGCUCUUUAUGCAACCCUUCGAAGUUUCUAGUUGGCCUGAAAAUCAGUUUAUCUUGGUAAAUUUCCAGUGUACUGAUUCGAACUUGUCAUUAAUCUUUUCCAUCUGCUUUUAUGCCUUCUAUUAGAGAGACCAACCGUAACUCCCAGCGCAAAUAGUAGUUAUUCUGGUAAGUAUCAAUUGUAAACCCUAUCAGUAAAGGAGUCCAAAAAGUGAUUUGAUAGGAAAUUAGAGUAUGAUGAGGUUGAGUCAUAAUACAAAGUAUGCACAGAUGAGCACAGUUAAGUGUAGAGUAGUUUUUUUUCCCCGAAUCGUCUCGCAACUUCCGCCGGCGGACUUCGGAGGAAGAAUAGGGCUGAAAUUGCAUGGAGUGGUUAAGUCAGUUUUAAAAAUGAUUGUGGAGUGGAAUGUACAAAGUUGAGCUCAGUGUACUGUAGAUGGUGUUCAAGGAGAAUGAAGUACUAGGAGAGUCUCAGCUACAGUAGCCUUGCGUGGGAUUGGCUUGUUGUAGUCUGUACUAGUGCAUCGUACGAUUAAGCUAGCUUGUUUUUUGGUGAGACAGUGUUUUAUUGGUGAGGAAAGGGUAACCUAACCUGAUUGCACUUAACUCAAGCCCCGCAGAACGGGUUUCUUCAGGUGAAAAGGUGUACGUGAUGUGGAAAUGCUCAAGAAGAAUAAUAAUACUUAGCGUCUGAACCAAAAAAGCUCUUCUUGUGAGGCAAAUUAGCACGCUGUUAAUUAUACAGUGUUCCUGGCUUUAAUUUGUUCUUAAUGUAAAAUGACAACAAAAGUAACAUAAUUAUAAUAUAAUUAUGAAUUCAUCCCACUCAAAGCCUUGAUUGACUGCAGGUUUCACCACAGCCAGAAUCUGAUAAGUCUUGUGCGACUCUUUUUCUUUUUUUUACUUACUAUAGCAUGCAUGCCUCAGAUGUCCCAUUUUCAUUAUUGCAGGUAAACCAAAUUCAACACAGGCUACAACAGUUACAACCAGUACAGUUUCUAAAGGUAAAAAGGCAUUAUUCAUGCAGCUGGGAUGAAAAAUUAGGGAUUAAAUCUAGGUACUUAAUGGUUAACAAAAAGAUGGAGUGUGAAGCUAGCUCCAUCAUAUUGGUAUAAAAGUAAUUCAGUCCAUCUGCAAAUUGAUUCACACAUUUAGUUUCACUUAGUUUUCUACUAAGCCACUACACAACAUGAGGCAGCUACAUAUAUAUCAUAGAUUGAUAUACACUCAGGUACUGUUAGCAAUUUUUUUUCUUGAAAUAGACAUUAUACAAGUCAAAUAUUGGGUUCUUGUAUUCAAAAGAUAUGUAGAAAUUUCUCAUGAAUGAUGCUUUUAAAUUGGAAAAUCCAUCCAUUUGUCAGUCACUCAGUCCGUUAAUCAACACAUGCAUGAAUUAUGUAAUGCUUAUUGAUUAAGCUGAAAGUUUAGCUUGAAUGCAUUUCUUUCAUGAUAUUCUCUGUUAACAUAUCCUAAUAAAUUAACCAAGUUGAACACACAAUUAUUUAUAUAAUCUCAAUUGUUACUUCUUCUAAAUCAUUAGUUGUACUUGCCAUUCUUUAACUUUUCUUUUUUUCUUUUGUAAGUACAGGUAGCACAAACCAUGCCGUCAUCGCAGGUUCAGUUUCUGCUGCAAUCGUAGUUGUCAUUCUGAUUGUUUCUUAGUAGUUUUCAGGACGCACAUAUUAAGAUUGUAUUAUUUUGCAUAUACUAGAACAUGAAGUGACUCGUCCUAAAUAAACUUUACAAAUUGAAUGUCUUGUAUAUGUAGUCAGAAUAAUUAUUUCUUUUUAAGGAAAAUUCAAAUGCUGUUAUACAGUUUCAAUGAGGGUAUAUUUUUGUAUUUUAAUGACCUUUUUAGUUAUCAGGUGCAUUGGAGUCAUUAUCCUUGUACUAAUUAUAAGUUUGAUGUAAGAAAAUUAAAUAUGGCUUUUUUUAAUGUAAACUGUACACUCAGAUAACUGUGUUAUAACAAUCAGGAGAAGUAUUGUUAGCAGGAGACAUUAUUAUAGAUGUGAUGAUGUAAUAAAUGUUUUCCCGUUUUGUUUGG